AUGACGGCGGUUAAGAAGAGGAGAGGGUCAUCUGCCCGGGCGAAAGGUUCUUCUGCAAAGGAUCCCAAGGUGGACAAGCCCAGCCCUGCAAAGGAUGCAGGUGUAUCUAAUCUGCUCAAGAAGAACUUUCUGUCAAGUCCAUCCACUUGUGCUCAGCUAGUUGAUCAAAUCCGUCAGGCUAGCGAUCUUGCUCCUAGCUGGAUUUCGCGCUUAUUAAAGUCUCCUGGAGAAUCCAAGUUUGAAGCUACCAUGGAUGCGUACAAGCUGUGCUGUUUGGACUGCAAAAAUGGGUUUGCUCCCCUCUAUGCCAUUGGAGAUGAAGACAUUGAGGAGUUCUGCCCUGAUUUGCUCCAUGUUCGAAGUGAGCAGGUCAAUGCUGCGAAUAUGGAAGGAGUUGAAGAGCAGACUGCCGAAGAGGCAGUAACUGAAGAAGGUGGAGCAGAUGAGGAUGAGGCUGAUGAGAUAUGGACAGACUUCGUUGAUCAGGCAGGUGGAGCUGCUAAAAGCGUGGCUGAUUAG